AUGUUACAACAAUACAAUCAUCAAUUGUUUCAAGAUAUUGCUCAAGUAAAACAUCAUCUCAUUCAUGAUUUAAAAUUAUUAUCUAUCGAUCGUGAUGAUGAUGAUUUCAAUGUGAAUGAUGAAUCCUUCCGAACGACCUUUCAUCACGAACGAACACUCUUCUCCAACAAUCAAUUUUGGAAUUCCACUCUUUCGACACGAUUGAAUCGAGAAUUCUCACAAAUUUCUCGUUUGGGUUCGGGUGGAUUUGGAACAGUGGUAAAGGCACGACAUGAACUCGAUUCCAAAUUCUAUGCCAUUAAAAUUAUUAAACUUUCAUUGUCGUCACCACUAACUUCAUCAUUCACUUCAACAUUCACCUCACCAUUAAUUACUUCACAACAAGAUCAACAAGAAACAGAUCCUGUCAUGAAAGAAGUGGAAUUUCUCUCCACUCUCCAUCAUGAACAUAUUGUUCGAUAUUACAAUGUGUGGAAAGAACAUGUGCCUGAUGAAAGAUUGUACAUUCAGAUGGAAUAUUGUGAGUCCACAUUGAGACAACUCAUUAACAUGAAAUUAAAUCGAGCAUUGGCGUGGACAUAUUUGGAACAAGUGUUGAAAGCGUUGGUGUUUUUGAGUGAACAAAAUAUAACUCAUUCCGAUUUGAAACCUGAAAAUAUUCUCAUCAAAAACGACAUGAUCAAACUCGGAGAUUUUGGACUCUCGUACAAUCACAAACAUGAAACGGCAAAACACGAUCGAGGCUCUUCAUUAUACAUGAAUCAGGAACCGAGAGAAAAUAAUCCAAAAUUCGAUAUUUUCUCUCUUGGAAUGAUUUUCUUUGAAAUGUUAACUGCAAAAAGCAAACGAUCCAACAACGACAAACGAAAAGAUCUCAAACUCUUAAAAGACAAUCCCUCCACCUUUCUCUCUUCCCUUUGUGAAAAUUCUCCCUAUGAUUUAUAUCCAAUGGAAAAAUCCCUCAUUCUCAAAAUGCUUGAACCCAAUUUUACACAAAGACCUUCUGCCAAAGAUCUUCUCGACGAAAUUCAUCGAAUUCCCUUUCAAUGCCCAACAUGCAGCAAUCAUUCCAUCAUGAUGGGCCUAGCUCCUUGGAUUUCUCAUCUCAAUGGUCAACUUCAUAACAAAGAACAAUACAUUUCACAAAAUUUACAAACUAUGGAACCUGUUGCGAGAUUGAAUUGGUUUGUUUCUAAAAAACUUGGAGGAUAUGUUUCAUUUUCAAAAGGAGUCAUGCAAGAAGGUCCACCACAUCGUUCCAUGUUUUCACAAUAUUUGGAAAUUUACAUUCCUGGAUGUGAAAAAAGUCCAAUUUUCGUGGAAGGUCCUAAACGAUUGAAAAAACAAGAGAGUAAGAAUGCUGCCUGUGAGAAGGCAUUCAAAAUGAUUUGCAAUUAUCCAAAAGUGUUGGAGAAUAAUGAUGAAUCGUUGUUGGUGAAUGAACAACUUGAAGAAGAUGAAGGACAAACAAGAAAAUGA